CUAAGUGACCUCUAUUCACUAAGUGACCUCUUAUGUGCACUAAGUGACCUUUUUGUAUACUAAGUGAUCUCUGUGUGCACUAAAUGACCUGUAUUUACAUUAGAACUAUCCUCUUAUUCCUAACAUCACUCCACACAUUACCUAAGUACUGUAUGAAUCUUAUGGGUCAUAGUUUUCAAUGGUAAUAAAUAUUCAGAAAAAUGUAUUCUGGUUAAGUACUUCAUAGUUUAUAUGGAAGAUUAUUAAGUCAGUGUUCAUUAUGUCUGAAAAGCUUAAAAAACAGCAGGUUCAGUCAGCACACACAGUUCUGUCAAAAGACAAACUGUAUCAGUUUUCAGAGUGUCUGAAAGACAUUUCACAAAAAACUCAGCAAGUAUCGCAUUUGGGAAUUAAUAAGAGUAAAAAUACUUAUCAUUGUUCAGUAUGUCUACAAGGCUUUUCCUGUAAGAUUACUUUAAUAAUGCACCUGAAGUCUCAUGCUGGGGAGACACCACAUUGUUGCUCUGUGUGUCUUAAAGGCUUUUCCAAAAAACUUAAUUUAAUACAACACAUGAGAAGUCAUACCGGAGAGAAACCGUAUCAGUGUUCAGAGUGUCUGAAAAGAUUUCCUUUAAAAACUAAUUUAAAACAGCACAUCAAAAUUCAUUCUGGAGAGAAACCAUAUAAAUGCUCAGAGUGCUUCAAACACUUUAACAGAAAAGCACUUUUAGAAGCCCACUUGAGAACUCAUACUGGAGAGAAGCCAUAUCAGUGUCCACAUUGUCUAAAAGAAUUUUCCCAACAUCCUCAUUUGGUAACACACAAGAAAAGUCACACUGGAGGGAAAACAUACCAGUGUGCAAUAUGUUCGAAAGACUUUCCUGUUAAGUUCAAUUUGGUAAGACAUAUGAGAGUUCAUACUAAAGAAAAACCAUAUAAAUGUUCAGAGUGUCUAAAAGACUUUGCAGAAAAAUCUACUUUAUUAAAACACACCAGGAUUCAUACCGGAGAGAAACCUUAUCAGUGUUCUGAGUGUCUAAAAGUAUUUGCUGCCAGAUCUAGUCUAGCAAAACACAUCAGAAUUCAUUCUGGAGAAAAACCUUAUCAGUGUUCAGAGUGUCUAAAAGCAUUUGCAGUUAAAGAUGGUUUAAUAAAGCACUUGAAAAUUCAUAACAGAGAAAAACCAUAAUGAUGUUCAGUGUCUAAAACAAUUUUCAGUUAAAUCUAUUAUAAUACAACAUAGAUAGAAUUCAGAUUUAGUACAAAAAAUAGUAACGGAGAGUUCAUCAGUUUUUCAAUUUCUAGAGAGUUCUUACAAAAGCAAAAUUUAUUAAACACAUCUGAAGCCAUAUGAAAGGGUAAAUUGUACUGAUGUGCACCAUUAUUACAAGACAUUACAAUAGUGGGGCCUACUUAUAUAACAUGUUCCAGGCUACCACCGGAAUGCCAUUUUUUCCACUUAUAAAUACAAGAUAACAAGUUUACACUAAUAUAUAUUAAGUUAAUAAUAAUAAUAGUAAGAAGAAGAAUUUAUUUUGACAUGACACAUGGUUGUACAAAGGAAUAUAAUAGUUGGGUGUACAUGCCAAAAGCCCCAUUGUAUGCAGAGCAUUUCAGGCAAACUUAAAAUUAACUUAAGACUAAUAAGGCAAUAACAGUUCAUAUGGUCAUUAGAUGAGUUACAAUGAGUACAAGGGAAUUAGGUAAUGCUCUAUGGCUGUAAUAAGUCUAGUAGAGCAGUUCAAUAUAAAAUAAUUACAAUUUUGAUAUAGUUUAUAAAAGUAUAGUAUUACAAUUUAGAACAUGUUAAAACAAUUUACAAUAUGAAGAAUUGCAAUUUAGUACAUUUUAAAACAAUGAGAUUGAAACACUUAUAAGUUUGAAGUAAUGAGGACAUGGUUGAGCAGUCAUCAGCAGUAUACAAUAAUGAAAUUGAAAUAAUUUUAAGUUUGAAGUAAAUUGUCAAAUAGAUGAACAGUCUUAAAUUAUUUAUAAGUUUUUUUGAGUAGCUUUGGAGUAACUGGUAGGUAUUAAGUAAAGUGUUUGUCUGGUUAAUUUUGGGUGAUGAGGUGAUUUCUAAGUAGGGCCUUAAAUUGAUCUGCAGGCAGGGGUCCUUUAGUGUGUUCAAGCAGUGAAUUCCAGAUCUUCGGGCUCUUUACAUGUAUAGUAUUUUUGAAUAGGGAGAGAUGGACACAAGGGAUAGAGAAGAGUGAUUUGUUCCUUGUAUUGUGGCUGUGUGUUCUGUUAUAGUUAUUGAGGAAGAGUUCAAGAGGAGGAUUUAUAUUUGAGUAUAGUGUUCUGUGUAUGUAGUAGGCACAAUAAUAAGUGUGGAUGUUUUGUAUAUUAAGCAAGUUAAGACUCUUGAAAAGCGGCAGAAUAUGCUGUCUAGUGCAGGAGUUAGUAAUCAUUUGCACUGUAGCUUUUUGUUGCAUUAUUAAAGGUUUAAAGUGAUUUGCUGGGGUUGAGCUCCAUACGCAAAUACCACAGGUGAGGUAAGGGUAAACGAGAGUGGUAAAGAGCAAGAAGAGCCAUUUGGGGUACAUAGUACCGUAUUUUUCAUAGGAUGCCUACUGUUUUGGAGACUUUCUUGGAUAUUUGCUGUAUGUAGGUCUGGAAUUUGAGACUGCAGUCAAGGUGAAGACAUAGAAAUUUGCUCUCUGUGUGUCUUGAAAUGGGUGAACCAUUUGUCAGUAUGUUUAACUGUACAUAUGAAGCUGUUUCCAAAUAGCAUGAAGUAGGUUUUGUCUCUAUUGAGAGUAAGUUUGUUAGUAGUCCAAGUAUGCAUAAUUGCAUUGUUAGUACUUUUUUCUCAGCCUAAAUCCAAACUGACGGGUUAUGCACAUUGUGGGAUACUAAGUAGGAGUCGACUUGUUUGUGAAUUAAUAUUUCAAAGAUUUUAGAUAGUAAGGGCAAAUUUGAUAUAGGCCUAUAGUUGUUCAGUUCCAUUGGAUCACCUCCUUUGAGGAUUGGUGUGACCCUUGCUGUCUUAAGUAUGGAUGAGAAGGUGGAAGGUUCAGUGGAUCUGUUAAAGAGAGUUGCAAUAAUUGGUGACAACACAUGAGAAGCUUUUUUUUUUUUACAUGAGUGGCGGUAAGUUAUUUAGGUGUCCUAUCUUGUUCUUUAGUGUUUUGAUGAUGAGCGAGAUUUCAGUAGAAUUUGAGUUUGGGAUUUUAGUUGCUAGCUUUGUUCCUACGGUCGACAAAAAGACAUUAAGUUUAUUGGCAGUCUGUUGGCUAGAGGAGAGAUUCUUCUGGUUUCAUUAAGUUAAUCACUCUGUUGUGAGACAGCUUUUUAUAUCCUAGAAUUUCAGGUUUUCCAGGUCUUUUUCAUAUCACCUUUUAUGUCAUGAAAUCUGAUUUAGUAAUAGUUUUUUGACCUUAUUAAAUUAGUAUUGACGAGUAAUGUUUUGCCAGAUCUUUUGUUAUUAGACCCAUUCUGUACUGUUUUUUAUAUAGAUGAUUUUUAUCAAUAGAUUUAAGGAUGCUAAAAAACCAUACCACGAGCGGAAUUUGAGCCCACGGUCAGAGAGUCUCAAAACACCAGACCGUCGCGUUAGCCACUGGGCCAGCUAGUCACAAUAAGAUUCAUCCAACUAGGUAUAUUUCUACACCAUAGGAAGGUUAGCAUAGGCACCACUGUGUCCACAAAUGCAAGUUUUUACAGACGAAUCUCCAGCUAGCGUGGCCGUGACGAACUCUAGCUCAAGUCCCCUCAAAGCCGUUAACAUGACUCACGAAAUCGUAAUGACACAAUUGCAAACAAACCAUACCAUACCGCGGGUUCAAAUCCCGCCCGUGGUAUGGUUUGUUUGCAAUCGUGUCAUUACGAUUUCGUGAGUCAUUUAAGGAUGCUGUUUGUAAGCCAGGGGCUGUUUAGUCUCUUUGCUAUGAUCUUCUUAGUUUUUAUUGGGCAAUGCAUGUUAUAGAGAUUUUGGGUUGUUUAUAAAAAAAUAUUAACACAGUCAUCAGUAUUGAGGUUGACUGCUAGCUCAUUCUGCCAGUUGAUGUUACUUAAUGCUGAAAUAAAGUUAUUUACAGAUGACUCGUCAUGUAGUUGGAAGGUGAUUUUAGUUGUGUCUUGAGAAUUUACAUAAGUUGGUUAUGAGAAAGGUGGGAUAGUGGUCAGUGGUGUUAUCUGUGAUUAUGCCUGCUUUUAAUGGGGAUAUAGUGUUUGUCCAGAUAUGAUCAAGUAAAGAGGCAUUUGUCUCGGAGAUUCUUGUAGGUUUUCAUAUAGUUGGCAGAAGCAAGCAGCUGCUCACAUUGUUUGUGAAUUCAGUUACAUGUGGGUCAUAAUCAUGGAUGAAGUUAUGUUGAAGUCCCCUGUAAGUAUCAGGUGGUGGUUAUUCAUCUCUGCAUCAGUUAUCAUGUUUCUUAGUCUUUCACUAAUGAGUACUCUUUAGAUUGCUCCAACUGUUAAAGGUUUUUUAAGGUCUUUGGAUUUAAAUUUAGAAAAUAUGUAUUCACCAUAUUCAUCCCUUGUGCAAGUAGAAUUUAUACAUUCAAGUUCAUCAGAGUAGUAUAUAGCUGUGCCACUUCCUAAUUGGUCUGGCCUACAAUUGUGUAAGGCCGUGUAGCUAGGGAUGGCAUAGAUGUUUGUAACAUCAUGUUUUAGCCAUGUUUCAGUGAGAGUAAUGAUAGACAUACUGACAUUUAGAGAAUUGAGUAGUGCUUGGAGGUCAUCAUAGUGUUUGCUUAAUUAUCUGACAUUAUAAUUGAAUACUGUUAUGUUAUUGUUGGCACUGAGUAGUGUCUUAGCCUGACUGGCAGUGUAAUAAAGGCAUUUAUUGUUAGGAUCAUAUAUGUCAUUUAAUAAGAGGUUAAUAUCAGGACCAUCCCUUAUUGUGCAAGAAAGGUAUAAAAUACCAACAGUAUGUAAGUUAAGACACAUGUGCAACAUCUGGAUAUCUUUAUUGUAGACGUUUCGCCAUCCAGUGGCGUUAUCAAUACAGAUUCUAGGACAUAAUUAGAAGACAGUAGAACUAUAUACAAAAGUUGAGGUAAUCAGUCUCUCAGCCUUGGAGUUAAUGUUUACAGCAUCGUGGUGGUGGAGAAUCUGGAGCAAAGGCAAGGAGACUGGUGGUUAUAUAGGCGUCAGUGGAUAAGGACAUGUAGCAGACAAGGGCAUAGUCACUGGUAGGCGGAAUUCCCCAGUGGAAGUAGGUCCUACCCAAAGGGAUGGGUUAGUUGUAGUAGCCGUGAAGAAGGUCUUGUAGAUGUCCUCUGAACCAAGAUUCCAUGAUGUUGCAGUGUCUGACAAGUUGUGCAAGAAAGGUUUAAAAUACUGACAAUAUGUAAGUUAUGACACGUGCAACAUUUGGAUAUCUUUAUUGUUGACGUUUUGCCAUCCAAUGGCUUUAUCAAUUCAGAUUCUAGGACAUAAUUAAGAGACAGUAGAACUAUAUACAAAAGGUGAAGUAAUUGGUCCCUCAGUCUUGGAGUUAAUGUUUACAGCAUCAUGGUGGUGGAGAAUCUGGAGCAAAGGCAAAGAAUAAAGAAUUUAAUUUAAUUUAAUUUAAUUUAAUUUAAUUUAAUGUUUGCACUCGUAUGACUAAUGCAGGAUUAAGGAUGUAUAGCUAACAGAAAAGAUACUAUUACUAUUAAUAAGGUUGAUAUAAUGACUGACAAGUAUUAAAGCAAUAUUGCACACUUUUAGGAUUCAGUAUUGCACCGAAGGUAAUAGGAAAAUUUAUAAAAGGCUGUACAAAGUACUGGUAUGCAAAGAACUAUUCUAAAAGAUUAUACAGAGACUAAACAAAUAAUAAUACAAAAAAUAUAAAAUGGACAGAUAGUAAAUAUGGUAUUAAACAAAUUUAAACAGUAAGGUUUGACUUAUAGCACAAAAUUUAAACAAGUAAUAACAUAUAAAAGAACAUAGAAUUCACUGUUUAGAAUUCACGGCUUCAGGAAGUCACAAUUUUUCCUUGGAACCUAACUAAUAAUUGUUCGUGGAAAUCCCCACAAAUUUGCGGAAUUUUGGGGGGGCUUUUUUUCAUAGCAGUAUAUAGUUAGCAAUAGAAAAAGGCAUUAAAAACAAUAAAAAGUAAAACACACGCACUGUACAGUCAUUACUUACCUUAAAAUAUUUGUAGUCUUAAUGUAGGGUGAGAGGUGAGUAGUAAUUAUUUUAAGAGGUCAGGUGUGAGAUAAGAUAAGAUAAGAUAAGAUUUCGUUCGAAUUUUUAACCCCGGAGGGUUAGCCACCCAGGAUAACCCAAGAAAGUCAGUGCGUCAUCGAGGACUGUCUAACUUAUUUCCAUUGGGGUCCUUAAUCUUGUCCCCCAGGAUGCAACCCACACCAGUCGACUAACACCCAGGUACCUAUUUGCUGCUAGGUGAACAGGACAAUAGGUGUAAGGAAAACGUGUCGAAAUGUUUCCACCCGCCGGGAAUCGAACCUGGGCCCUCCGUGUGUGAAGCAGGAGCUUUAGCCACCAGGCCACCGGGUAGGUAUGGUAGUCAGGUAUGGUAGGUAUGGCUACCUCACCCACACGUAAUAUACAUUUAAAGUACCCUAGAGUGAUAGAAUGCAUAUAUAUAUAUGUUCAUUACUUACCAUAAGAUAUUUGUAGUCUUACUAUAGGGUGAUUGGUGAGUAAGCGAGGUAAAAUGAAUAAAUGAGAGAGGACAGAGACAUGGAGUCUGUAUACAAGCAGAUGAACGCAUCUGGUUAUGGCUGAUACACAAUCAUUUCCAUGAUUGUGAAUCUUAUACCAUAAUGCAAACACUUCACAUUGUCUCCACAUUGGUACAGUAGAACAAAUAAAGAGCAACGCUCCCAUUCUCUUGUAACAGACUGUUUUUAGAAGGAAUGACACUCUGAGUGAAGGCAUACGAAAGAAAUAAUUUUCUACAGUUACCCCCAGUAAUACUAUUCUGUAUGCACUCCCAGCAUACAUCAGGGGGAUUACCAAUAGACCCCUGGCUGUCUUCAAGGAGGCAAUGGACAGGCACCUAAAUUCAGAACCUGACCAACCGGGUUGUAGCUCGUAAAUUGGAUUAUGUGCGGCUAGCAGUAACAGCCUUGUUGAUCAGGCUCUGAUCCACCAUGAGGCCUAGUCAGAGACCAGGCCAUGGGGGCGUUGACCCCCAGAACUCUCCAGGUAUACUCCAGGUAGGUGAGUGUAAGGGUCUCAUGCCCACGUUCCACCUUAAUUAAGAGGCAGUUGUGGGUGAUACAUGACACCUGUAUCCAACUUAACAGGAGGCAGUUGUAGGGAACUCAUGUCACCUGUAUCCAUGUUAUCAUUAUGUGGGUUUGGAACCCUUGCAUCCUACCUACCCACCUUAUCAGUAGAAAGGGUAUUUUUCUUAAUUUUACCAUCUAAGAAUAUUAUGCGCUAAAAAUACUCCAGAUAAAGCUUCCUCCCCAAAAUUAAUAUUUUUAAAGCUGUUUGUUUUUAAAAUCAUUUUAAAAAGACCUUUAAUAGGAUGUGUCAAUGACAGAGCAAAUAAAUGCCCCUCUCAUGGGACACGUUUACAGUAUGUAAAAUUUUGGAAUGAGGUAUUGCCUAAAAUGUAUUCUUGGUAUAUUGAAACCUGUGGCAAAGUUUAAUUGUGCUGUCUUUGAUGGAGAUUCAGUUAUGGGUGAAUAAACAACGAAGUAAACAAAAGCAUUAACAUUUCAUAAGAAAAUAUUUUCAUUUUAUGUAAAUGUAAUUUGCAUACCUGCCAUGAGCUCCAUAACAAUAGCUGAGUGGUUGAAGUAAAAUUUAAAUAGCAUGUACAAAAUAUAUCAACAUUGAAGACUAAAGUGAUGGGAAGAAGCAUUUAUGUACAAAUUAUUGCAUGGAACCCAUUUUCCAGUUUUCACGAAUUAUUUUAAUUAAUGAAAAUAAGAUACCAGAUAAACUAAGCAAAUUUCCUAAAUUUGCUUGUAACAGAUAAGUGAACUGUGGAAACCCAUCAGUUACACAACCCAGGACAACAUGGGUUUAGAACAGGUCGCUCCUGUCUGUCUCAACUAUUGGAUCACUACGACAAGGUCCUAAAUGCACUAGAAGACAAAAAGAAUGCAGAUGUAAUAUAUACAGACUUUGCAAAAGCCUUCGACAAGUGUGACCAUGGCGUAAUAGCGCACAAAAUGCGUGCUAAAGGAAUAACAGGAAAAGUCGGUCGAUGGAUCUAUAAUUUCCUCACUAACAGAACACAGAGAGUAGUCGUCAACAGAGUAAAGUCCGAGGCAGCUACGGUGAAAAGCUCUGUUCCACAAGGCACAGUACUAGCUCCCAUCUUGUUCCUCAUCCUCAUAUCCGACAUAGACCUGUACUCCCUGGAACGCAGGCGGGAGAGAUACAUGAUUAUAUACACCUGGAAAAUCCUAGAGGGACUAGUACCGAACUUGCACACGAAAAUCACUCACUAUGAAAGCAAAAGACUUGGCAGAUGAUGCACCAUCCCCCCAAUGAAAAGCAGGGGUGUCACUAGCACGUUAAGAGACCAUACAAUAAGUGUCAGGGGCCCGAGACUGUUCAACUGCCUCCCACCACACAUAAGGGGGAUUACCAACAGACCCCUGGCAGUCUUCAAGCUGGCACUGGACAAGCACCUAAAGUCAGUUCCUGAUCAGCCGGGCUGUGGCUCGUACGUUGGUUUGCGUGCAGCCAGCAGCAACAGCCUGGUUGAUCAGGGGCUGAUCCACCAGGAGGCCUGGUCACAGACCGGGCCGCAGGGGCGUUGACCCCCGAAACUCUCUCCAGGUAAUAUGUUGAUAUAAAUCCAUAUGUACACCUUUUGGGGCCUAGUUCCUAGGCCUUUUGUGUGUCCAUAUGCUCUGGUGCUGCUGUCCACAAGAUGGAUAUGGGGUGCACAAUAAACUAGCCACUUCUGUGGCAAAAUCUAAUCUUUAAUAAAAUUGGCAAGUUGGCACCUAUGCAGCUCAAAACCAGUCUAAAAAUUUCUUUAAGAAACUCUAGCAUUUGGGUUGAAGCCAAUCAGAAAAAACAUUCUUCCAUUACACAUGGAAACUAACUUGACAAUAAACCUUUCACAACCCAAAGUCAAAGCAAAAAUUCAGCUAAGCUCACCAUCAAUGAAUGUUUGAAACCGAUCACAAGAGGUAUUCUUCAGGACUCACGUAAUGACACGAUUGCAAACAAACUGUACCAUGGGUGGGGUCUCAGAAGUCUCAAAACUCCAGACUGUCUGACCGCAGGUUCAAACUCCACCCGUGGUAUGGUUAGGUAUUCUUCAGGUCUUCUUCAGAGUUAAGCAAUUUUAAGUUUAUUACCUGUCUGGUAUUCCGAGGAUCAACGUCCCCGCGGCUCGGUCCACGAUCAGGCCUCCCGGUGGAUCAGUGCCUGAUCAACCAGGCUGUUACUGCUGGCCGCAUGUAUUCCAAUGUAGGAACCACAGCCCAGCUGAUCCAUCACCGAUUUUAAGUAUUUGUCCAGCUCCCUCUUCAAGGUAGCCAGGGGCGUAUUGGUAAUUCCCUUUAUGCUUGGUGGGAAGCUGUUGAGCAGCCUUGGGCCCCAGACACUCAUUGUGUUUUCUCUUAAUGUACCAAUGGUGCCCCUACUUUUCAAUUGGGGUAUUUCGCACUGCCUUUCCAGUCUUUUACUUUUGUUGGAAAUGAUUUCUGUGUGCAGAUUAGGGACUAUUCCAUCUAGGAUAUUCCAAGUGUAGAUUAUGAUAUCUCUCUCUCGCCUGCAUUCCACCGAGUACAAGUCAAGUGAUUGAAAGUGCUUCCGGUAGUUAAGGUGUUUGACAGAACUUAGAUGUACAGUAAAGGUUCUAUGUGCACUCUAGAUCUGCAGUUUCACCUGCUAUGAAUGGAGAUGUUAAUGUAUAGCAGUAUUCCAGCCUAGAGAGAACAAGUGAUUUAAAAGGAUCAUCAUUAGUUUGGCAUCUCUUGUUCUGAAUGUUCUCAUUAUUUAUCCUAUCAUUUUUUUUUUUUUUGCAGUUGUGAUAGUGGCAUUGAUGUGAUCCUUGAAAGUGAGAUCCUCAGACAUUACCACUCCCAGGUCCUUUACAUUACUUUUCCACUCAAUUGUAUAAUUAGAGUUUGUAGUAUACUCACUUCUAAUUAUUAUCUCCUCCAGUUUUCCAUAACAGAGUAGCUGGAGAUUUGUAUUUAUUGAACAUGAUAUUGUUUUCCCUUGCCCAUCGGAAAACUUGGUUUCUAUCUUUUUGGAGGUUAACAGUGUCCUCAGUGGAUGACAGUCUCAUGCAGAUCCUAGUAUCGUCUGCAAAGGAUGACACGGUGCUGUGGAUUACAUCUCUGUCUCUGUCUGAUAUGAGGAUGAGGAACAGUAUGGGGGCGAGUACUUUGCCUUGUGGAACAGAGCUUUUCACUAUGGCAGCUUCCGAUUUAACUCUGUUUACCACUAAUCUUUGUGUUCGAUUGAUUAGAAAGUUGAAGCUCCAUCUGCCCACUCAUUUUGUGCACUAUUACACCAUGAUUGCACUUGUCAAAGCUUUUGUAAAGUCUAUGUAUAUUACAUAUGCAUUAUGUUUGUCUUCUAGUGCAUCAAAGGCCAUAUCAUAGUAUAUGUUAGGAUAUUCAUAAUUUUGCAGCUACAAAAUCUAAACUAACUGGGUUCCAUCGUAUCAAUAAGGUGCAACACUGAUUAAAGAUUGAAGCUCUUUAGAUGAGGCAUUUUCAAAAUAACUUUGCCAAGUUGGCACCUACACAGUCAAAAUACAUUAGCAAUAUAUUUUCUUAGAUGCACCAGUGUAGAAAAUUUGAAACCAAUAAGAAGAGCAUUACUUAAGUUAUCCCACUGAAACAAAAUCUGAGUAUGGUUAAUAUAACAUUGACCAGAGGCCUUCAGCACCUGGCAAUACUUGCACAAGUGUUUUUAUAUCAAUAGUUCAGCAGUACUGGAAAGUUUACCUGGAGUAUAC